AGAAAAUGUAUGAAUAUCGGUUGAAACAGAUUUGAAAGGAUUCUCAAAAAGAGUUCAAUAGUCUAUUCCAACGCAGUAGAAGUAAGAAGUUGUUUACCAACUUCUCUGACUACUCUGAAGGAGAUAUAUACAACAACAAGAAUAUGCAGAUAGAAGGGUUGAUUAAUACAUCAAAAGUGGAGAAGAAGAUUGAAUUGCUCGAAGGAAAAGCUAAUCGCAUCUCCCAGCUUGAUGGCCCCAAUAGCUCAUAUUUUCAAGCAUUCAGCGGCGUCCAAGUUGAUAAAUCAAUGUCUCAUAUUAAUGAAGGCAUUGAGCUAUCGACUGGCCGCCAAGAGGAAGAAUCGAAGGAAAACAAAGAUAUUCAAGAUAUUGUCGCAAGACAGACCAGUCCAGAAAUACAACUUGAAAGGAAAGAAGAAAGAUUAACUAAGCGACAGGAAAAAUAAGAAAUGGAAUAAAAUUGUGGCUUUUAUGAGGAAAAAUCCUGAAAUUUUAAUAGAUCUCCUUGCAAUCAAAAAGCCGAAAAAGAUUGAGCAUCAUGAAUAUCAAAGGUUCGAUCAAGACUAUCCCUAUAUGGAGAGUAACGCCGAUCAUGUCUCGAUUCCUACUCAAUAUUUUUAUAGUAACUCUCGGUCAUUGAAAUCAGGGUACAAAAGUGAGAAUCUCAAGAAAAGUUCUCACCCAAAUGUGCAUGAGAAGCCUGCAGCUCAGAUCCUGCGGUCAAGGAUGAAACAGAGGACAGCUGUAAAAAGUAACAGGAGGCCUCUCCAGCAAUUUAGCAAACGAAGUUCCCAAAAAGUAAAUGAUGAAAUGUAUUUUGCUAAGAAUAAAGAUAGUCACAAUCAAGUUGAUCCUAGGAGCAAGACCAACUGGAAAGGCAUCGAAAGAAGGAAGAAAACAAUCGAACACAAAAAUGACAGUUUUCAUAUGGAUUUUAGGAGUAAAUCCAUGAAAAGAGGUCAAAAGAGAAUCAGCCAGAUGCCCUUACAUAAUAGCUCUCAUGAAGGUGGUCUGAAGGAAGGCAAAUUUCCACGCAUCAAUAAUGAGAAAAUAAAGAACUCUGCUUUGAAGAGCAGUAAGAAAGUCAACCCAAAACAUACUCUGAGGAAUAAGACUGCUUAUAAUCAGAAGAGAAAAGGGGAACCAACAAAGAAAUCUUCUGAUAAUACAGGUUCACAAAUCAACACAAAUAAGAGCGAUGCUAAAAGUCUGAAGAAAUCUGAACCUAAUGAGUCUAAGAUUAUUACUGGUUCUGUAAGGAUCACUGGAAGUCAGCCCACCAAUAUCAAGGAAGAUCAUAUUGCAACUAUCCCUGAAGUUAAGGAAGGAGUUGAGAAAGGCAAAGAAGAGGAUGCAAAAGAUGAUGCUUCAAAACCAGACCAGUGAAAUCUUGACACUAUUCAUACCAGAAAUGCUUACAACGAUGAUCCAAAUUAUUCUGCAUCAGUUAAAGUAGUUACAGCCAAAGAGAAUCCAAGUAUUUUUGAGCUCCAGAACAAAUCUGCAGAUUCAAAGAUGACUGAGACUGCAAAAUUAGGAGCUGAGAAUGCUCAGACAUUUGCUAAGCAAGAGCUAACUCCUCGGAAGAUAGAAGAAGAGAAUAUCUCUGGAAAUACCAGUAACAUCGAUGCUUCAGAUAGCAGGUAUAUUAAGUCCUCAGUGAAUGGAAGACUCGAGUCCUUUAGAGAUAGUAAGAUCUCAGUAUCUUCAAAUUUGCCAGACUGGAAAUAUUCAGGAUUAUACAAACUAUUCAUUAUUCAGUAUGAGAAGGACUCGAAGGGAUACCCUAAGAUUGAAUAUGGAAACCUCAGCCUGACCACCUUGGAGCAUACACUUUCAGAAUUUGUGUAUCUCAACUAUUUAAGAGAGAAUGGUAAAGCUCCAGAAAAGGCUGAAGAGAUCUUUAAUGAUGCUAAGGCGCAUUCUACGCUUAAAUAUAUCAGGCUAGGAAUGAAAAGUGAAACUGAUAGACCAGUCGAAGCUGAUGACUCCUCUUCAGAAGGAGGGUACAGAAAUGAAAAUGAAGAAGACUUCACAUCAAAUUGUUUAAAACACUUCCAGGUUGGCAUGUCAACUCUGAAGUACGUCAUGGGACUCCUGAAUUUACAUAAGAACUACACAAAAAUAGUCCAUGCUUACCGGACUGACUCUGUAGAAGACUCAAUGAAGUGCCUGUUGCGAUGCAAAUAAGAUCUAUGAUGGGAUUGAUCUUCUGGGAGAAAUCUUCCUGUUGGUAAAACAUGCUCAAGAAAUCAGAAAGUUUUGUAAAAAGCAAGAGAACAUAGAGAAAAUACAACUGAAUAGUAUUAACAUUGAAGAUAUGGUUGAGCAAUUAAAUUCUAGCUUAGGCAAGAAGAUCAGUCUAUUCUGAGGAGAUUAUGGCAGACUAUGCAGAAACAGUAGAUCAGUCGAAGAGAAAAUUUUGAUAUGUGACCAAGAAUAUUGCUCGAUUUAGUAAGUUAAGU